AUGCCCAUCUUCCGCACCCUAACCACCAAACUCAAGACCUCACUCUCGGCCUCCUCCUCCCCAGACACAACACCAGUCCAAUCCCCCAUCUCGCCCCAGGCCUCUUCCCCGCCAUCGUCAUUUGAGCGCCUGGCCGGCCGCAAGCAAGCCUCAGCCAGCACGACAGCCGUCGAUGCUACGGCGGGGGAGCGACCGCAGCCGCAAAAGCGGACAGACUCGUUCAUGACGCAUCACGGGGGCCAGGGCAGCAACGAGAGUGUAAUGGAGAAGAAGAUGGCGACCAUGACGAAGCGGACCAGUCGGUUUAGGGAGGAGUUGGAUUUUGAGGCUGAGGAGUGA